AUGAAUAUUUGUUAAGAUUCAAAGAUCAAUUGUUAAUUAACAGAUUUAAAAACAGAAAGUAUUCUUAAUGAUUUAGAAUAAAUUACCUUUAAUAAUGAUUCUACAAUUGUAAUAACGAUUUAAAAAUCAUAUAUUUAAGCCUAUUUCUAAAAAAAUGAAGAUUUAAAAAGUAUUUCAAGUUUCAAUGUUCUCAAGGAUAAGUAUUAUUCUCAACUUUAAUAUUUAACAUUUUCAAAUUCAUUCAUAGCAAUACCAAAAUCAUAAAUACUUAUAUCAUCUCUAAAUGGCUUGAAUGCAAGAAAAUUUAUACUUAAAAUUGACCAUGGUUUAGGUUUAUGUUACAAAUUAUUAUUGAAUAAAAAUGAGAACAUACUAUUUUUAAGCUAUUUUAAUGAAAUUCGCAUUUUUUAAAAAUAAAUAAUUGGAUGGAAGUGUAUUGAUACAUUACAAUCAUUAAGCCAUAGGGAUACAAUUCAAUAAUUAUGUUUAAAUUUUGAAGAAGAUCAUUUAGUAAUUCAUACAAGUAAUGGUUAUAGUGGAUCACCCACUAUUCUAGUAUAUAGAAAAAAAUCUAUAGAAUAAUAAAUUUAAUGGGUAAUAAAAUAAAGAAUAAGUGUAGAAAAUGGAAUGAUUUGCGGAUUUAUAAAUAAUAAUUAAUUUCUAUUUUCUGAUAAUUAUAGUUUAUAAUUUUAUACACAAAAUAAAGAUAAUUAAAAGUUUGAAAGCGAAAAUUAUUAUAAUUUUAUUCUAUCUAACUAUUAAUUUAAAUCUUUUGCAUUUUAGCAUUAAAAUUAGGUUUUAUUUAUUAUAACCAAGAAUGAAUUAAGCGUAAUACAAUUAUAAGAAUAGUAAAAAUUAAAAUAAAGAUAAUUAAUCUAAAUUGACUUAUCUAAAUUGCUAGAAGAAGAUGUUUCAACAGUUGCAUUCAAUUCCAUUCUCACUAAAGAUGGAAAAUAUCUAUAUAUCUGGAAUAGAAAGAAAACAAAAAUUAUAAGAAUAUUGAAUAAUUGA